AUGGCGGGAAAAAAGAACAAACUGGCAAGGACAAAAGAGUCUGAUCCGAUUGAAUUAUUGAAAAGAACUGCUACCGCUAUUAAUGAUAAUCCAAAAGGUUAUAACUCUGCUUUUCCAUUGAGCGGAUUUAAAACACCAAGAUUAGAUAAGAAGAAAUGGGCAGAAGUUGAAAAAAUUGGAUAUGGAGAAGAUAAAUCUUAUCAUUAUAGAAAUCCUGGAGAAACAUUAGCAGAAAACGGAAUUUAUGAUAUUUACUCGAAUAAAUUUGAUCCAUAUCCAGCAUGGAAUCCACCUGAAAAUGUCCCAAUUACAAGAGAAGAAAUUGAAGCAAUUUUUUUACAAUUAACUGCAAUUUUUGGAUUUCAAUUUGAUAAUACUAGAAAUAUGUUUGAUUAUUUGAUGAGAUUAUUAGAUUCAAGAGCUUCUAGAUUAGGACCUGAGCAUGCAUUAAGAUCAGUUCAUGCUGAUUAUAUUGGUGGUUUUAAUGCAAAUUUUAGAAAAUGGUAUUUUGCAGCGCAAAUGGAUAUUGAUGAUUUUAUUGGUUUUGAAAAUGUCAAGCAUGGAAAAAUUAAAGAGGUUAAUGAAGAAAUUCCUUCUUUAGAAGCCGCAGAAGAGCAAUGGUCAGCAAACAUGCAUUCUUUAUCUCCAACUUAUGCAGUCAUUCAAUUAGCAUUAUACUUGUUGAUAUGGGGAGAAGCAAAUAAUAUUAGAUUUAUGCCAGAAUGUAUCUGCUUUAUUAUGAAAUGUUGUAAUGAUUAUUAUUUUUCAAUUGAUCCCGAUGUUCCAAUAAAAAAAGUUACAGAAAGUUUCUUGGAUCAUAUUAUUACACCAUUGUAUAACUUCUUCAGAGAUCAAUUAUAUGUUUUAGUAGAUGGAAAAUAUCAUAGAAGAGAUAAAGAUCAUGAAUCUGUUAUUGGAUAUGACGAUAUGAACCAACUUUUUUGGUACCCAAAGGGAUUGGAAAGAUUGAUAUUAUCUGAUAAAAGGAAAUUGAUGAGCCUACCACCUGGUGAAAGAUACGCUAAAUUGAAUGAUGUUCAAUGGAACAAAGCAUUUUACAAAACUUUCAAAGAAAAAAGAAGUUGGUCUCAUGUACUUGUAAAUUACAAUAGAGUUUGGAUCAUUCAUUUAUGUGUUUUUUGGUAUUACACGGUUUUUAAUUCACCAACUUUAUAUACUCAUAAUUAUCAGCAAGCAUUAGAUAAUCAGCCCACAACUCAAGCCAAAUUGUCUGCACUUUCCCUUGCUGGAUCAAUUGCAUUAAUUAUUAAUUUUGUCAGUUUAAUUUAUGAACUAUCUUACAUUCCAAGAAAAUGGCCAGGAGCUCAAUCAGUAGCAUCAAGAAUGUUUUUCACUGUUUGUUCAUUAUUGAUUAACACUGGUCCUAGUGUUUAUUUUUUUGGUUUUACUGCUCUUAAUUCCCAGUCAAGAAUAGGUUUAACGAUAGCGUCUUUACAAUUUGUAUUUUCAAUUUUCAUAGUCAUCCAUUUAUCAUUGUCACCUUUAGGAAAAGUUUUUCUGAGAUCCCGAAAACGAAAUGAAAGGAAGUUUUUGCCAAACAGGACUUUUUUAAUGAAUUUUUAUUUAUUGACUGAUACUGACAAAAUUGCAUCAUUUGGAUUAUGGUUUGCAAUAUUUGUGUCAAAAUUUUUAGAAUCAUAUUUUUUUUUGACAUUAUCAAUGAGAGAUCCGAUUCGUGAAUUAAGCAGUAUGAAUAAUAUAUCCUGUACUGGUGAGAUUUGGUUUGGUAAUUGGUUGUGCACAAAACAACCUAAGAUAGUAUUGGGUUUGUUGUAUCUAACUAAUUUGGUGUUAUUUAUUUUGGAUACUUACUUAUGGUAUAUUAUUUGGAAUACAAUCUUUUCAGUAUGUCGUUCUUUUUAUGUUGGUGUAUCAAUCUGGACUCCGUGGAGAAAUAUCUUUUCUAGACUACCCAAGAGAAUCUUUUCAAAAAUAAUUUCAGUUUCAAACGAAAAGAACAUUAAAACUAAAUUAUUAAUUUCUCAAGUGUGGAAUUCAAUCAUUAUUUCGAUGUACAGAGAACAUUUGAUUUCGUUGGAACAAGUUCAAAAAUUAAUUUAUAAACUGAUUGAUACAAUUGGAAUUGAAGGUGGCAUUUUAAAAGAACCCAUGUUUUUUGUUUCACAAGAGGAUCAAUCAUUUAAAUCCUCUUUGUUUAAAAAUCAAUCGGAAGCACAAAGAAGGAUUACGUUUUUCGCUCAAUCAUUAUCAACACCGAUGCCAGAAGUAGGUCCAGUUCAUUUGAUGCCUUCAUUUACAGUUUUAAUUCCUCAUUAUAGUGAAAAAAUUACUUUGUCAUUGAGAGAAAUCAUUAGAGAAGAAGAGCAAUACUCGCAUGUAACAAUGUUGGAAUAUUUAAAACAGUUGCACCCAUUAGAAUGGAAUUGCUUUGUGAAAGAUACCAAGAUGUUAGCUGAAGAAUUUGAAACUGAUUCUGGAACUUCUGAAAAGGAUGAAGAUAAGUUAGAUGAUUUGCCUUAUUACUCCGUAGGAUUUAAAGUUGCAACACCUGAAUAUAUUUUAAGAACAAGAAUUUGGGCUUCCUUGAGAUCUCAGACUUUGUAUCGAACCAUUUCUGGUUUUAUGAAUUAUGUUAGAGCAAUUAAAUUACUUUUCGAUGUUGAGAAUCCAGAUUCGAGUAUUUUUGGAGGAGAUAAUGAAAAACUUGAACAGGCUGCAAUUAUGGCUCAUAGAAAAUUUAGAAUUAUUACCUCGAUGCAAAGAAUGAAGUAUUUUACAGCUGAGGAAAAAGAAAACACAGAAUUUUUGUUGAGAGCUUAUCCUGAACUUCAAAUUUGUUACCUUGAUGAAGAAUUUGAUGAUGAGACUGGUGAAAUUACAUACUAUUCCGCGUUAGUGGAUGGCAGUUGCUCUUUUCUUGAAAACGGUGAACGGGAGCCAAAAUAUAGAAUUAGAUUGUCUGGAAACCCAAUUCUUGGAGAUGGUAAGUCAGAUAAUCAAAAUCAUUCUUUGAUAUUUUGUCGUGGAGAAUAUAUUCAACUUGUUGAUGCUAAUCAAGAUAAUUAUCUUGAAGAAUGCCUUAAAAUAAGAAGUGUUUUAGCUGAAUUUGAAGAAGCAACAUUCCCGAUUGACCCAUAUUCAAAUGACUUAGAAAAUUCGAAUCUGUCUUUUCCUGUUGCAAUUAUUGGUACUAGAGAAUAUAUUUUUUCUGAAAAUAUUGGAAUACUUGGAGAUGUUGCUGCAGGUAAAGAACAAACUUUUGGUACUUUAUUUGCUAGAACCUUGGCUCAUAUUGGUGGAAAAUUACAUUACGGGCAUCCAGAUUUUUUGAAUGGAAUAUUCAUGACAACAAGAGGUGGUGUAUCGAAAGCUCAAAAAGGAUUGCAUUUGAAUGAAGACAUAUAUGCAGGCAUGAAUGUUGUUCUUCGUGGAGGAAGAAUUAAGCAUUGUGAGUACAUGCAAUGUGGAAAAGGUAGAGAUUUAGGUUUUGGUUCGAUUCUUAAUUUUACAACAAAAAUUGGAGCCGGCAUGGGAGAGCAAAUGCUUUCACGUGAAUAUUUUUAUUUGGGUACACAAUUACCAAUUGACAGAUUUUUAUCAUUCUACUAUGCUCAUCCAGGUUUUCAUUUAAAUAAUGUUCUUAUUAUAGUAUCAAUUCAGUUGUUCCUAUUAGUAGCCUCCAAUUUGGCAGCUUUAACAAAAGAUAGUAUUGUAUGUGAAUACGAUAAAUUUAGACCAAUCACUGAUCCAAAAACUCCAAAUGGUUGCCAUAAUUUAAUUCCUGUCAUUCAUUGGUUGCAAAGAUGUGUUUUUUCAAUUUUCAUUGUGUUUAUUAUUUCAUUUGUUCCAUUAGGUGUUCAAGAACUCACAGAGCGUGGAUUUUAUAAAGCAAUAACAAGGUUGGGUAAACAGUUUGCAUCCUUCUCGCCGCUUUUUGAAGUAUUUGUUUGUAAAAUAUAUGGUCAUUCAUUAGCAAGUGACAUUUCAAUAGGAGGAGCACGUUAUCUUGCUACUGGAAGAGGCUUUGCAACAAUUAGAGUUUCUUUUGUUACCUUGUAUUCCAGAUUUGCAGUAGAAAGCUUGUAUUAUGGUGGUAUUUGUGCAAUGCUUAUAUUGUAUUGUUCCAUGUCAAUGUGGAUUUCCCUGUUACUUUAUUUUUGGAUGUCUAUUAUUGGAUUACUAAUUUGUCCUUUCUUAUACAACCCCAAUCAAUUUUCUUGGAAUGACUUCUUUUUAGACUAUAAAGAAUAUAUUGCAUGGUUACAUCGUGGUAAUAGUAAAGCUAGAAUAUCAUCAUGGAUCAAUUUUACCCGUUUAAGAAGAAGCAGAAUUGUGGGAGUGAAAAGUAAAAGAUUUAGUAUUAAUGAAGAGAUUAAGGCUGUCAGCGAAGUAAAACCAUCGAGAUUAAAACUUAUAUUUUCAGAAUCAUUGUUUCAAUUGUCAAUUGUAUUUAUCGUUGGAUUAGCGUAUUCCUUCGCUAAUUCUCAAAAUGAAUCUUAUAGAGCACAACAAGUCAACAGUGUUUUGAGAAUCUUAAUUGUUAGCUUUGGUCCAAUUGUUGUUAAUUUUGCAAUAUUAUUGUUGGUGUUCAUUUUGUCAAGUAUUUUGGGUCCAAUUUUGACAUUAUUUUGGAAAAAAGUACCAUCGUGUUUUGCCGCUUUUGCUCAUACAUUAGCUGUGAUCAACCAUGUAUUGUUUUUUGAGCUUCUUUGGAUGUUACAGAAUUGGGAUUUCGCAAGAACCGUUUUGGGUUUUGCAUUAUCAACAUUGAUCCAAUGCUGGUUUUUACAAGUCAUUACAAUCUUAUUUGUUUCGAAAGAAUUUAGACAUGAUAGAUCGAAUCGUUCUUGGUGGUCAGGAAAAUGGGCUACUGCAGGUUUGGGAUGGUACAUUAUUACUCAACCAUUAAGAGAAUUUAUUUGCAAACUAACCGAAAUGUCUUAUUUUGCAGGAGAUUUAUUUGCCGCUCAUCUCAUCCUUUAUGCACAAUUCCCAAUCUUAUUACUUCCAUACGCAGAUAAAUGGCAUACUUUGAUGUUAUUUUGGUUGAAACCAGGUAAUCAGAUUCGUCCAAGAAUAUUAUCAAAACAUCAAAAGAAGAAAAGAAGAGUUCAAGCUAAUUUAUAUUUGAUUUUGUUCAUAUUUAGUAUCAUACUUUUUGCGAGUAUUUUUGUUGUUCCUAUCGUCGUCAGAAAAUAUUUUGAUCUUGAUUUUACUCACUUAUUACCAGAUUUUUUAAUGACUCAACCAAAUGUAUUUUUAGCUUCCAAAAAGGGAUUAUUGAAAGGUUUAGAAGUUAAGCAUUAUUAA